ACUACUCAACUCUGUGUCUGUCUCUGUUUUAAAGCAUGAAGGCAGUUAUAACAAUUCUUAAUCAAAUGGGCAUGUCUGAUUUCCAUAAACCUUUACAAAAACAAGUGACUAGCCUGCAGGCCAUAGUUUGCCAACACUUGCUCUAGAGCACCCAUUCAUUCAGCGUUUAUUAAUUUAAAACAUAAUGACUGAGUAUGUACACUAUGUCAGACCUCAUAAUUGUUGCUAGGGAUGUAGUUAUGGGGGAAACAGACGAUAUGUUUCUAAUAAUUACACAAUUUCCAUUUGGGUUAAGUGCUGCGAAGGAAGAGAACAACCUGCUAUGUGAGAAAGAUGAAAAUUUAGAUGAGUUUGUCAGGAGAUGUUUUAUUUACAGACAGCAUUUAAACUAAAGACAGGUUAACACCAGCCAGGUGAGGAGUUAGAGGAAGUUUGCCUCAGAAACAGCUUCACGUGGGAAGGAGCUUGUUGUGACGGAGGAGCUAAAGGAAGGGUAUUAUAGCUAGAACAUAGGCAUCUAAGAGGGUAUUUGUCUUGACUUGAAGCCCUGCAGAUAGAUCAGGAGGUAUGGAACCCUAUAGGGCAUAUAAAAGACUUAUUUUAUCCUAAAUGAAAUGGGAAAUUUUCAGGGGCUUAAGCAUUAUCUUAUUGAUGUUUUAAAGGAAAAACCUGUUAAUGUUUGUGGACUACUGAUUACAGGCUAGGCAGACCUUAGCCAUUUUCAUGCAAAAUGAUCUUUGACAUAAGAUAAUUGUGAUUUUACAGAUAAGGAAAAUUAAGUUUAGAGAUGUUAAGUAACUUGUCUAGAGCCACAUAACAUGUAACUAACAGUGGUAGAUGCUACUAUUUAUCAGAAAUAAAAAGUCAACUUGGCAAAGGAGACUUUUAGAGUGAGUGGCCAAAAAGGUCAGAGGGAUACAGGUGAACGUUGUGAUCACUAAAGUCAAAACAAAAAGUAUUUUAAGAAGGAAAGACUGGUGAGUUUUUCUAAUGUAGCUAGAGAAUUCAUGCCGGUAUUUACAAGACUUUAUUUCUUAACAUAAUAGUAGUGUAGAUUAUGUGUUAUAAUAGAGUCGUUUAUAAAAUGACAUGACUCUAUCUUUUGUAGCUGAGAGUGAAGCAAAAGUAAAAACCAAAGUUCGCUUUGAAGAACUGCUUAAGACUCACAGUGACCUAACGCGUGAGAAGAAAAAACUGAAGAAAAAACUUGUCAAGUGUGGAGAAAACAUCUCACCUGACACUAUUAGAAGCAAUCCUCACUAUAUUAAAGAAACUACAAGUGAUGAUCCUGACACUGUUAGAAGCAAUCUUCCCCAUAUUAAAGAAACUACAAGUGAUGAUGUAAGUGCUACUAACACUAACAACCUGAAGAAGACCAUGAGAGUUGCUAAAAACAAAUCGAGGAACACACAGUCAGCAACUGAAAAUCCUAAUGAUGAUGUUAGUGUAGAGGAAGACAAACAAGGAAAGCCAAAUAAAAAGGUGGUAAAGACGGUGCCCCAGUUGACUACACAAGACAUGAAACCGGAAACUCCUGAAAAGGAAGUUGAUUCUACACACCAGAAAGCGCAUACAAAGCCACAGCCAGGCAUUGAUCAUCAGAAAAGUGAGAAGGCAAAUGAGGGAAGAGAAGAGAAUGAUUUAGAAGAGGACGAAGAACUGAUGCAAGCAUAUCAGCGCCAUGUAACUGAAGAAAUGGCAAAGGAGAUUAAGAAGAAAAUAAGAAAAAAACUGAAAGAACAGUUGACUUACUUUCCCUCAGAUACUUUAUUCCAUGACGACAAAUCAAUCAGUGAAAAAAGGAAAAAGAAAAAGAAAGUUCCAGUCUUCUCUAAAGCUGAAACAAGUACAUUGACCAUCUCUGGUGACACAGUUGAAGGUGAACAAAAGAAGGAAUCUUCAGUUAGACCAGUUUCUUCAGAUUCUCAUCAAGAUGGCGAAAUAAGCUCAGUGGAACAAAACACAGAAGGCAGCAUGCAAGAUGACACAAAACCUAAACCAAAAAAACCAAAAAAGAAGGCUAAAGCAGGUUUGUUAUACAAAUUAAGUGAAAAAUUUAUCUUUUUUUUGUACAGUGAACGGCCUGUUUCAUCUUACUAUGAAAAAGAGAAUGUGGAUUAUAUUCUUCCUAUUAUGACCCAGCCAUAUGAUUUUAAACAGUUAAAAUCAAGACUUCCAGAGUGGGAAGAACAAAUUAUAUUUAAUGAAAAUUUUCCCUAUUUGCUUCGAGACUCUGAUGAGAGUCCUAAAGUCAUCCUGUUCUUUGAGAUUCUUGAUUUCUUAAGCAUGGAUGAAAUUAAGAAUAAUUCUGAGGUUCAAAACCAAGAAUGUGGCUUUCGGAAAAUUGCCUGGGCAUUUCUUAAGCUUCUGGGAGCCAAUGGAAAUGCAAACAUCAACUCAAAACUUCGUUUGCAGCUGUAUUACCCACCUACUAAGCCUCGAUCCCAAUUAAAUGUUGUUGAGGUGUUUGAAUGGUGGUCAAAAUGUCCAAGAAAUCAUUACCCAUCAACACUGUAUGUAACUGUAAGAGGACUGAAAGUUCCAGACUGUAUAAAGCCAUCUUACCGCUCUAUGAUGGCUCUUCAGGAGGAAAAAGGUAAACCAGUGCAUUGUGAACAUCACCAUGAGUCAAGCUCAAUAGACACAGAACCUGGAUUAGAAGAGUCAAAGGAAGUAAUAAAGUGGAAACGACUCCCUGGGCAGGCUUGCCGUAUCCCAAACAAACACCUCUUCUCACUAAACGCAGGAGAGCGAGGAUGUUUUUGUCUUGAUUUCUCCCACAAUGGAAGGAUAUUAGCAGCAGCUUGUGCCAGCCGGGAUGGAUAUCCAAUUAUUUUAUAUGAAAUUCCUUCUGGACGUUUCAUGAGAGAAUUGUGUGGCCACCUCAAUAUCAUUUAUGAUCUUUCCUGGUCAAAAGAUGAUCGCUACAUCCUUACUUCAUCAUCUGAUGGCACUGCCAGGAUAUGGAAAAAUGAAAUAAACAAUACAAAUACUUUCAAAGUUUUACCUCAUCCUUCUUUUGUUUACACGGCUAAAUUCCAUCCAGCUGUAAGAGAGCUGGUAGUUACAGGAUGCUAUGAUUCCAUGAUACGGAUAUGGAAAGUUGAGAUGAGAGAGGAUUCUGCCAUGUUGGUCCGACAGUUUGACGUUCACAAAAGUUUUAUCAACUCACUUUGUUUUGAUACUGAAGGUCAUCAUAUGUAUUCAGGAGACUGUACAGGGGUGAUUGUUGUUUGGAAUACCUAUGUCAAGGUUAAUGAUUUGGAACAUUCAGUGUGCCACUGGACUAUAAAUAAGGAAAUUAAAGAAACUGAGUUUAAGGGGAUUCCAAUAAGUUAUUUGGAGGUUCAUCCCAAUGGAAAACGUUUGUUAAUUCAUACCAAAGACAGUACUUUGAGAAUUAUGGAUCUCCGGAUAUUAGUAGCAAGGAAAUUUGUAGGAGCAGCAAAUUAUCGGGAGAAGAUUCAUAGUACUUUGACUCCAUGUGGGACUUUUCUGUUUGCUGGAAGUGAGGAUGGUAUAGUGUAUGUUUGGAACCCAGAAACAGGAGAACAAGUAGCCAUGUAUUCUGACUUGCCGUUCAAGUCACCUGUUCGAGACAUUUCUUAUCAUCCAUUUGAAAAUAUGGUUGCAUUCUGUGCAUUUGGGCAAAAUGAGCCAAUUCUUCUGUAUAUUUAUGAUUUCCACGUUGCCCAGCAGGAGGCUGAAAUGUUCAAACGCUACAAUGGAACAUUUCCAUUACCUGGAAUACACCAAAGUCAAGAUGCCCUGUGUACAUGUCCAAAACUACCCCAUCAAGGCUCUUUUCAGAUUGAUGAAUUUGUCCACGCUGAAAAUUCUUCAACAAAGAUGCAUCUAGUAAAACAGAGACUUGAAACUGUCACAGAGGUGAUACGAUCCUGUGCUGCAAAAGUCAACAAAAAUCUCUCAUUUACUUCACCACCAGCAGUCUCCUCACAACAGUCUAAGUUAAAGCAGUCAAACAUGCUGACCGCUCAAGAGAUUCUACAUCAGUUUGGUUUCACUCAGACCGGGAUUAUCAGCAUAGGAAGAAAGCCUUGUAACCAUCAGGUAGAUACAGCACCAACGGUAGUGGCUCUUUAUGACUACACAGCGAAUCGAUCAGAUGAACUAACCAUCCAUCGUGGAGACAUUAUCCGAGUGUUUUUCAAAGAUAAUGAAGACUGGUGGUAUGGCAGCAUAGGAAAGGGACAGGAAGGUUAUUUUCCAGCUAAUCAUGUGGCUAGUGAAACACUGUAUCAAGAACUGCCUCCUGAGAUAAAGGAGCGAUCCCCGCCUUUAAGCCCUGAGGAAAAAACUAAAAUAGAAAAGUCUCCAGCUCCUCAAAAGGUAAAUGUUUUUAAGAAUAUGUCUCAGGAGUUCAAGACUGGCCUGGGCAACAUGUCACAUUCUGAAAUGAGCAAAGAACAGAGCCAUGAGGACCAAGGACACAUAAUGGAAACACAGGUGAGGAAGAACGAGCAAGCAGGCCAAAAAGUCACUCUAAUGGAGUAAAGAAUUGAAGAAAAGUGAAGAGAUGCCCAAAUGCACAGAGGUGAAAAUGACAGAUUAAACCAAAUGGAAUUUCUCUUCAGAGUUCAGAAUUUUCACAUACUAAGGAGGAAGAAAGGAUCCACUACUUCUUGUUCUUAUGAAUGACUCUAGAAAAAUCAGAAUCAAGUUGUGGGCGGAAAAAUCAAUGUGACCUUUGAGCUCAAUUGUUAUAAACCAUUGCGAUUGUUGUUGGUCCAAGUAUCGGUACUUAUAUUGGUAGUAAUUGCAUCAUAGUUACAUUACCAGUGUUGGAAAACUCAUGAAGAAAACACUGUAAUUGCUACUCAGCAAAUGUGAAUAAAAGGUGUUUGCAUUAUUA